AUGGGAUGCAAAGGCUUAACGGACGAGGGCAUGUGCCUCAUCUUCCCAUCUACCCUCAGCUGUGCGACCCUGAAUUGGUUCUACAGGCUGAGCCCCCGCACCAUCAAUACGUUUGACAGUCUGAAGCAGGCUUUCCUGGACCAUUUCAUGAUCCAGACUGAUCGCCUAUACUCUGCGGACGACCUGUACAUGCUUAAGCAGGGUGAGGAUGAGCCCCUUCGGGAGUAUGCAGCCAGGUACAGCCACGAGUACUCCCGCUGCCCAGAGACCGAUGAUCGUGCCGCCUUUAGUGCUUUCAAGAGUGGCCUCCGAGAGUCUAACUUUCGGUACCUUGUGCACAGCAACCCUUGGAACACAUAUGCUGAAUUAAUGAAGCAGGCAGCAGUGCAUGCCAAGGCUGAGUAUUUCAACUCCAAGCUUGGCCCGGCCACCCUAGCACAUCAUCCUUUCACUGAUCCCCCACCUGCUUUAGCACCCACGUCAUCCCCGCCUCAACAUUCUACUCCUGCCCCAAGUACCCAAGGUGCCCAGCACCUCAAGCGGAAGGAUAACUACCAACAUACCUUCAACCAUAACAAACGGGGCAGACAUAACAACCACCACCAGUCCAGCGGGGUCAACCCGCACAGGGCAGGUGAUCGGGCUCCACUCCCCUUCUCACCCAAGCCUAGGUUCGAGGUCUUCACCACCCUGAACACCACCUACGAAAAUGUCCUGGUGCAUGAGGCACCUAUCAUACCUAAGCCUCCCCCUCGGAGACCAGGCAGCAAGCCCAUGCCCAACACGGGUGUCUUCUGUCGCUUCCAUCAGUUCGGUGGACAUGACACCGAAUCUUGUGUUGCCUUGUGCAACAUCAUUGAAGGACUUAUUCGCGAUGGGAAACUGGAUAAAUAUGUGCAUAAUCUCCCACCCCCUCCUAACCCUCACCAAUGA